GCCGUCAUGUAUGCGGGACGCAAGAGGAGAAAACCAGUGCAAAGAACGGUAAAGCCACCCUCCAAUGAGGGCACCAAGUCGAACCCGUCCAAGCGGCACAGAGACCGGCUGAAUGGGGAGCUGGAGCGACUGGCCUCUCUGCUGCCUUUCCCUGAAGAGGUCACUGCCAGUUUGGACAAAUUGUCCAUCCUGCGCCUCAGUGUCAGCUACCUGCGUGCCAAGAACUUUUUCUCUGUGGCAAUGAGCAACCACAACAGCCUGGUCCAGAAAGAUGGUGAUGCCAAACCAGCAGGGGCGCUAGAGAGCAGAAUCUCUGAGGGGGAACUACUUCUGCAGGCUCUGAAUGGUUUUGUUGUGGUGAUCACUGCCAGCGGGACCAUCUUCUACUCCUCACACACCAUCCAGGACUACUUAGGCUUUCACCAGACUGAUGUGAUGCACCAGAGUGUCUAUGAGUUGGUCCACACAGAAGAUCAGCAGGAACUCCGCAGGAACCUACACUGGGCUCUCAAUCCUUCUCCAGCCUCCUCCUCCAGCAGCCAGGACUCCCCCAGUGAUGUAGAUUCAGAGAGCAGUUCAUCUCUGGUCACCUAUAACCCUGAGCACCUUCCUCCAGAAAACUCAUCCUUCUUAGAAAGGAGCUUUGUGUGCCGCUUCCGCUGCCUCCUGGACAACUCCUCUGGAUUUCUGGCUCUGAACCUACAGGGCAGACUGAAGUUUCUUCAAGGACAAAGUCACAGAGAAGAAAAUGGAGCUAACCCUCCUAUGCAGAUGGCUCUGUUUGCAAUCGCAACUCCCCUGCAGCCUCCCUCCAUCCUGGAGAUCAGAACCAAGAACAUGAUCUUCAGAACCAAACACAAGCUGGACUUCACCCCUAUGGCCUGUGAUGCAAAGGGAAAGAUAGUCCUAGGAUACACAGAGGCAGAGCUGAGGGUGCGAGGAUCUGGCUACCAGUUCAUUCACGCCGCUGAUAUGCUGCACUGUGCAGAGAACCAUGUUAGAAUGAUAAAGACUGGGGAGAGUGGCCUCACUGUGUUCAGACUCCUGACCAAGGAGAACCGGUGGAAGUGGGUCCAGGCCAAUGCCAGACUGGUCUACAAGAAUGGCAAACCAGACUACAUCAUCGCCACUCAAAGGCCUCUGCUGGAUGAAGAAGGCGGCGAACACUUGAGGAAACGUUCUAUGCAUCUCCCUUUCACCUAUGCUACAGGUGAAGCUCUACUUUACCAGUCUAAUCACCCACUGGGCUUUCUGGACGAACCCAUGGAGAAAAAUGGCAGCAAAACCAAGAAGAGCCGUUCUGACAGAAUGGUUAAAGACGGUCUGGUCCCUGGGUCUCUUUUAGGAGCCCUCAUGAGUCAGGACCAGUCUGUUUAUGUGUGCCAGCCUGCUGUCGAACCCAAGUUAUCCUUCCAGAGUAUCUUUGGAGACCAGCUAGGAUUUUCUGAGUCCAAACCACACAGAAGUUGGGAUGAUCCUAACAGCGCAGUGGUGCCAAGUGUCUCUGAAGCUAGCACAAGUCUUGACCCACUCCUUGCUACUCUAGACUCCUUGGUGCUAGAGGGACAAGGAAUAGUGGAUCCUGAAGAUGGCACUUGUUCAAAUGGAGAACUCUUUGGAGCUCUUGAAGGCUUGGGUCUCAGCGCUGAAGACUUGGAGCUGCUUUUGCUUGAUGAACGUAUGAUCCGAGUGGAGAUGGACCCCGAGCAUAUACCCACAUUGGAUGACUUGCUCACAAAUGACGAAAUCCUGUCAUAUAUUUACAACACUCUAGAGGGAAGGAAUGAUUCCACAGAGCAAGGGGGACAGGUGCCUCCUGCUCACCCCUCCACCAAUCAAACUAACUCUGUCACAGACAAUCAUUUGCAAAUGGAUUUCCAUAGGCCCAGUGUAGUUGGUCAGGGCCCUAUUAUCCAACUUUCACAACAGAUGCAACAACAUCUGACAAUGCGGUCAGGUAAAGUGAACAGUGACUGGGGACAGCAUAGCAACCAUUUGGCUGACACAUUAGUUAACGGUGAACUGCAUGAAUCAAAUCACACUGUCCCCAAUGGACACUGGUCACCACAGGAUGUUUUAGUAAAUGCCGGCAUCGAUCCUUAUAAAGGAUUUUUUAAGAACAACACAGCACAUAUGAAUGAAGAGACUCCGCAAACUCAUUCAUAUGUCCAGCAACCAGUGAGGAUGCAUAACCAGCCAUCACAACAGUGCCAUGCUAAAAAGAAUGCCAGCAACCUCAAUGGACUGUGUGCUGUCCCCAGGACUGAUGAUGCUAAAUCUUUAUGGCAGGACUAUGGUUUCAGUGGGGGUCUGGCCAACAAUGUCUGCAUCGAUAACAGCCAAAAACACAUAGCAGACACCCCACUAGACAUGGAUUUUAGCAUGCCUCAUAUGGCUAAUGGGGAUUACACUAUGAAUGGAGAGAGUUUGUUUGGAGGCCAGCAGCAUGUCUCGGAGUGUGCGGUCUCAUCUUUUCAAGGAGUGAACCACAAACUGCCGCAGGAGGCCAUACCAGUGCCGUUAGCUCAGGUCAUCUCCAGUCUGUCCCAGUGCCCUCCCCCCAACGCCUCUCUGGAGCAGAUCCUGGGCGUUUCCAAGCCCUGUAGGCAGCUGGAGCACUACGCCAUGGUAACGGCCUCUGACAGCCCACAUGAGGCCAACCACAGUAAGAUGGAGAAUGGCUGCAUCCUGGACAGUACAUACCCAGCAGGCUGUGCUCUGCCUAAUGGUAACUCAGUAGUGCCCCCUGCUGUUCAGUUACCUGGUCCAGACCCUCUAUCCAGCCUCCCUGACCCCCCUGCCACGGGCUUCUACCUCUGACCUCUGACCCAGCAGCAGGACACUGUUUGAGGCCAGAAUCACAGCAGACUGGACCAGCCUUAUCUACAAUCACUACAAACUGAACUGCCAUAGGCCUGGAUAUUUUUCUGUCUUACAUUUGUCUCUCUUUGUGAUGUCAA